GAGCCAGGGAAGUAUCACGGUUAUAUCAGUCUUCGCGCAAAUGUCUAUAUAUCGUACAGUGAAAUUACAUAUCGGCUGUCUGAAAACGAAACACGCACAGUCUCGUAUCUCUCUAAAAAGCUUUCUCCGUGACGAUCUAUCGGGGGAUCGCGACGGGGAUCUUAGUCAGCAAUCGGUAUCGCUCAAGCGUGAUCAUGCUUCGCGCUUAUUGGAACGCGAUCGGCAGAGUAUCGAUCAUCUGGAACACGGCCUAUUAAAUCGGUGUCGUUAGUUAUCUCUUGGUGUUUCUUCGAAGCAACGUACUAUGGAGUACGUAACACAGUCAUGACCGGUGUACUCCGUAAUGGUACCGGAGCAAAUAAAGAAGUGCCGCUUUUGCUUUCUUCGACUUUCUAUCAGUGGAAAGAGGUGGCGUUUGUAGAAGGAGCAACGAAAACAAGCGGAUAUCCUCAUGAACGCAGAGAUACGGGCAUGGAAGUCCAAUCAGUCUUAUAGAACGUCUCUCAUAUCCGUAGAUAAACAGAAAGCUGUUGACCUAACUUUUAUAAUAAUCCAGAUAAGAGAGUGAGACGAAGUUGAAAAAAAGAAAAAAAAAAAAUGUUGCUGGCCACCGAAGCCUCGCGUCUCUCCCUCAACUUUUCGUCGCAUUCGCCGACCACUGUGCAUCACAGUCCACCUCCUACUUAGUUCUGGGUACAAACUUCCAUCGCCACUGUAUGACUAAGCACCGACAAACUUUCGAGUGUCUGAAGCUUCGCGAGCUCUGAGAAUAUAGGACAAAGGAGAGUGCCCUCCGAGAGAGGCGUUAAGUCGAGCGGUUUCGACGGGUAAAGGGGAAAACAUUUUUCCGCUUUAACGGCAGCCACUCAUCUCGUUGCUCGAGCCACGAUAUUAGACGAGUUUCUACGUAGCAACGUCAUGGGGUCCAGGAUGGGGUCUAGAAUCCUGAGAGGCGACGAGGAGGACAGCAUGAAGCUCUUCUGCUCGCAGAACGACGACUCGCCGACGAUCAAAGAUGGCACAGGGGAGAAGAGAGGAUCGGACAGGAAGCAGGAAGUGGAUCGUUUCGGAUACUAUCAAAUGAUUAUGUUCGCGAUAAUCAGUCUACCUCUGUUCUUGUCAGCAGGAUUUACGCUUGCCUACGUGUUCACAGCCGGCGAAGUUAAAUACAGGUGUGCGGUGCCAGAAUGUGAGAAUCCAUUGAACACAAAGUUCGACGUGCCGUGGAUGACAGACUCCGUGCCGCACGUGUCGGAGAUGUCCAAGUGCACCCGUUACGUCGUCCGGAAUCACACGGGGCUGUGCACGAAUCAGACUUUUAGUAACGCUACCCAGAAAUGCGAAUCGUGGAUCUACGAGCCAUCGGAGAACACGGUGCUCAGCGAGUGGGACCUCACAUGCGACGCUAAUCGAUGGAAACUCGCCCUUGUUGGCACGAUAAACAACGUCGGCCAAUUCGUUGGGCUGAUCUUCGCCGGAUACAUAUCGGACAAAUACGGAAGACGCACGAUACUGACGCUCACCACAUUCCUGAGUGGAAUCAGCGGCCUGAUACAUUCCUUCUCCGUGAAUUAUUGGAUGUUUCUCGCGUUCGAAUUUAUCGACGCGACUGUCGCGGCCGGUAUCUACAGCGCUGGAUUUAUUUUAGGGAUGGAAAUGGCAGGAGUAAAAGGUAGAGUACUGGCCAGUACGAUUAUCUGCUGUCUGUUCGCUGUGGGUGAGAUGUUGCUUGGAUUGAUCGCCAUGUGGCUUAGAUCAUGGCGUGUGAUACUUCGUAUGGUGUACGGGCCGGCAUUGCUGGCCAUACUGUUGCCAGUUCUGAUCCCGGAAUCAGUCAGGUGGCUAUUGGCGAAUGGGAAACACGAAAAGGUGGAGAGUAUUUAUCGGAAAAUGGCGCGUAUUAACGGGCUGCAAAUCUCCGAGGAGGCGCUCGGCGCGUUCAAAGAUAUAAACAUGGUGAAAACGGAGAAGACGGAGCAGCUGGCGACCGAAAAGAAGUCACCGGCGAUGCAAAUUUUGAACAGCUCGGUGAUGAUCACACGGCUGCUGACCUGCUCGUUCUGCUGGCUGACCAACACUUUCGUUUACUACGGGCUCUCGUUGAACUCGGUGGCCUUCGCCGGUGACAAAUACGUUAAUUUCAUAUUAGUCGCCAUCGUGGAAAUCCCGGCUUACUUCCUGACCUGGUUUCUCACCGAUUACGUUGGCCGUAAAGCUACCCUCUCCUCGUCUUUCUUACUGAGCGGGGCGUUCUGUCUGGCUAUACAAUUCGUACCGACAGGUUCGAUGAGCUUCCUACCGUUGGUCCUGUACUUGGGCGGGAAAUGGUGCAUCACGAUGUCCUUCUCGACCAUUUACAUUUACACGACGGAGCUGUUCCCCACGAACCUGAGACACUCCCUCCUUGGAAUUUGCAGCAUGACUGGCCGCAUGGGGUCAAUAUUGUCACCGCAAACACCUCUUUUGGCACAAAUCAUGCCGGAACUGCCGUUGAUUCUGUUCGGAUGUAUGGCGCUGGCCGCGGGGUUGCUGUCUCUCUUCUUCCCGGAAACGUUGGGAACGAAACUUCCGGACACGGUGUGGGAGGCGGAGAAUAUCGGCAAAGCGCAGCAGAAACAGGAAUUGCAGGAUUCGCCGUCUUAAAGGCGGCCGGAUGCACCCGCGGCGCGUUAUAAAUUCGGCGCGAAGAGAGCCAAACGCAAAACGGUGGAGAGUAGAGUAGGUAGGAAAAGGGAAAAAAGGGGAGAGACGAAUCGUCUGAGAGAAUUGGAACAAAAGUGAAAAAAAGGAGGGAAAAAAAAAGAAAAAAAAAGAAAAAAAAAAGGAAAGAGUCGAAGAAACCGAAAAACAUGCAGCGCGUGGCUUUCAAAAGUUUCUCUACCCCUGCGGUGCGAAGACUAUCGAGGUGCGACUGUGCGAUUCGCGUCUCGAAAGUUUCGCGAGCGAAGAGACUGGCUGGGAAACAAAGGAAGCUCCUGAACAGCGCCGCUGUUACGUAGAACGCUCGUUUUUGAAUGCGCGGUGAUCGAUCGUAGGGCUCGGCCCGAGUGAUCAAUUUCCCAUAAAAUUGAACUAAACUCGCGAAACGAGUCGACAACGAGUUGAUUGUAGACGAGAUAGUCGGGGAGGGGGGGGGGGGGGGGGAGGAAGGAAGGAGAGUGCCACUCUCGGGGGAGGAUUGGCAACUAUAUCAAGUUUAGUCGAUAAUUCGCUGGCUCGUUUAUUCCUUUUUCGCUUGCACCGGGCGGGAUCAGAGGUUCCAUCCCUGCACUGUUCGUUCAAUGAGUUUCUAACGCGGUUAAUUAUACCUCAUUGCUGCCAGUUAAGGCCAUCGUUUGUGCUAUCUGUUAUCUAGACGACUAUGUACGAAAGUUUAUGCUAAACGCCUCCCACUCGUUGUCUCACCAUUGCUUCCUUCAUUUAGGAGAAAAGACACAGAUAUACUCAGGUAUUUACACAGUAUUGCCGCAUCAUGUUCAUAAACGUAUAUUAGUCGGGUCCUUGUUUGCGUUUCCGGUUUUAAGCAUUCUGGAAAUACGAGUAUCGGUCAUCGUCGUCGGCGUAUAGAGCACCGUGCCAUGAUAGCGUAUCGUCUAGAAGGACGGGAUAAUAACGGUAAUUUAAUUUCCUGUAUAAAUAUAUAUUUACACGAAAAUAUUAUUAUUCGAAACGAGAGAAAGAGAGAGAGAGAGAGAGAGUAAUAUUCCACCGGUGGAAUACUUAUGUAACCGUCGCACAAAGUGCAGCGGUACAAUCGUUCGUGGAAAUUACGUGGAAACACACGGUGGAUAGGCCACAGUGUUGUUUUAGAGAGUUACGAAGAACAAUUGUAUUACAAACCGGUGCUCGUAAUGCACGAUGGAAAUAUUUUGUCACGUUACACGCAAUUGUUCUUACGAUACUGACCCUUUCGCGGCGGUAUUAUCAAUUUUCUCGGAGUAUUAACUGAAAUAUUAACGCGAUACACUGGAGCGUUACGCGGCGUAUUGCCUGAAACAUUAAUGUAAAUAUCUUCGAACGCCACGUAGUUCCUCUGCAACGUGUUUUCAUCAACGAUAACUCGUAAACCCUGUACAUAUACACGUAACGCAGAAUCGUUGAUGUCGCUCGAAGAUAUUUCCAUCGUGCCGCGAGUAACAGAAUUCACCGACGCCUUCUGCAGAAAUCGUAUUUGUUAAGAUCGAGCCACGAACAUGCAUACACGUAAUAAGAUAUCGUAUGUAUAUUAGACAUUAAUGUAAUAAUAUACAAUACAUACAGCAUUUACGAAAACCUUUGGCUGUUGUCAAUUUUACCUCCCACGUUCCCGAGAGUUCUCGACAUUGGCAAGAAACUUCCAUCUAAAUACUUGUACGUAACGCAGUGCAGCGUCUGGCUGGUGCUUUGCUCAAAUUUAAACGAACGUUUUCGAUACCUGGUUUUUCCAAUUACAGUCGCACUUUCGUAAUUUCAUUGCUCGGGGGAUUUUCAUUUUAAUGAAAAAUGAAUUGCUGUUGCACGAGCGAAAUGCAAUAUUCUACGAGAAUUACUCAAUAAUUGGGCAAAAAAAGAAAAAGAAAAGUCAAGAAAUCGAAGAUGGAUCUUUCCCCUUGCGAAAGCAAAAUAAAACGUAGCAACGAGGGAAAGAAGGCACUUCAAAUUAUGCAAAGAUGCACGAACCUCCGCGUGAUGCACGAGUUAAGAGCAUUUACUCGCCACUGCCUGGAGGCCAGAGCUCCCGAAAUGAAAGUACCGCCGUCAUUAUCUGCCCUCAUUUGAAAAAAAUGAAAGGGCGAAGUUGGCUUUUGUGCGAGGCACAUAAAGGAGUUAAACGCGACGCGAAAUCCGGCGCCACAGUGUCAAAGGGCCAAUGCCGCGUAACGCUGCCUGGCAUCUUCGUUCCUCGCCGUAUAUUUUAAUACAUAUACACGCGGAUUUAGAUAUUUCAUUCUGACAAAUCCUCGGCGCCGCGCGCUGGGCUUGAACGCCGGCUCAAAGGAAAUUGAAGCGAGAGCGAGGCCAGGCUAGCCCAACUGGCUCUGGCUGCAAUAGGGCUGCACGGUGUAUGCUGCACGCGAUCCGGCUGCUUAUUUUAUGUUUACAGAUGACUCGGCCUCGUAAUAAAUAUCGUUGUCCAGCCCACAAA